CGUAUAGUGUCAAAUCGGCGUCUUUGCUAUUUUGCUACUCCUUGUCGUUUCUUUUUCCAACUUGCACCCAACCUACAAAAGGGCGUACUAUUUAGCCUCUCAACUUUCAUCCAAAUUGAAGCGGGAAAGGAGGCAAAGGUGCACCAUAAAAUGGCCCAAUCAGCAUCGUCGGCGGAGAAGUCGAGGCGUGCAGCUCAAGCACAACGAGCGUAUGAGAUACAAUUGGCCGGCGGGUUACAGGGUGCAUUGAGGUGGACAGUGUACGGUGCUGUCGCUUGUCUCAUCGGGCAUUACACCUGGCCUACAUUUAGGCGACAGACAUUGGGACUGAAAGCGUUCAUAACGAGUUCAGCAACCAUUUGUGGUCUAGUGAUAGGCGCAGACAGUCAUCUCCUCAAACACGAACAUGGUUUCCGUGAAGCGGAGAAUGAGAUACGGCGCAAAGCCCGUAAUUCUCUCGCUCUCGAAGGGAAGAUUGCAAGCGAAUCCGAGAUCCGCAAAUGGAGGGAAAAGUACGAGAAAGAGAUGUCUCAGGCCAAAGAGAAGGAAACGGAGCUGCUAGGCUUAGGAUCGGAGUCUGCGAGCGUGGAUCAAGGAGCCAACAAGGAGGGAGCGGUGUUACAAGCUCUACAGGGUGAGGGCCAGCUGUCUUCCUCUCCGAGGGAGAAGAAGGCAUGAUGAUCGAGGGUCGCCAUGAAGAAGGGUUCUCGGCUAUUUCUCAGCAUGUUUCCCGGGGGCACAUUCGACUCAAGCUCCUCUCCAAUAUAAAAUUCAAUCGCAUUCAAUUCUAGCUGGAACUUCCCAAAUAUAAAAAACUAACCGAACCAGGCUUUGUAAUAUUACCCGAUAUUGCCGAAUGAAGGUCGCGAAAAGAAGGCAAAGGAAGGACUUCAAAUCCAGUCGAGGCCGGUAGGAUCCGGGACACCCAGAGAGACUUCGCCCGGUAGUAUUUUAUUGUAUUGAAUAAGGGAAGUGCAGUAUCACGUUAGACGAAAUGAUACUUGCGAGGGUUCCAGAUAUAGUUUCGGUGGCCGCGUAAAAGGAGGAAAGGAGUUGGUGAACUGGUCAUCGGCAGAGGUUAAUACGGGGUCCUUUUCCGGUGUUCGUAUAUAAGCAGCCCUUAUAAAGAGCCAUAACAACAAGAAUGAAAGGGAAAAACUGAUAAUUAUCAAUCAUUAUCUAUCCUCCAAUAUCAAAAGAACUAUUUUUUUUAAAAAAAAGUCUUCUCUGCGAAACAUAUAGAUAGGAGGUAUCAGUGGAGAAUCUGAUGCCCAUUUAUCAACACGCGCCU